AUGGGCGCUAUUAAUGGUGUUUUCAAAAGCAAUAUUCGCCUACCUGACAAACAAGAUCACGGAAAAUUAGCCUUCACUUUGUCCCAUAUUUUUUCAUCAGAAGAAUGCAUAGAAUGGAUUAGAAUGAGCGAAGAAAAAGGUUAUUCACUUGCUCUUCUCAAUGUUGGCGGUGGCCGUGAAAUAUUGGCUCCAAAAUAUCGUGAUAGUAGCCGAUGUCUGAUCGAUAGCGUAGAGCUGGCUCAAAAAAUGUUUCUUCGUUUGGAACCCUACUUACCACGUACUUGGAAAGACGGUAGAUUUGAAUUGAUUGGACUCAAUGAACGACUACGAUUUCUACGAUAUGAUCCUGGCCAGAAAUUUCUUCCGCAUACUGAUGGCCAAUAUCGUCGUCAAGAUGGCUCAGGAGAAGAAAGUUUUCUUACUGUACAACUUUAUCUAAAUGACGAUUUUCAAGGUGGUGAAACAACUUUUAUCGACACUGAUAAUACGCAAAAUCGAGUAUCGUUCUCCAUAAAAACAGGCAUGGUGCUUAUUUUUGAACAUCGUAUUGUACAUGAAGGAACAUCAGUGAAAGCAGGACGCAAAUAUACCGUGAGAACGGAUGUCAUGUACCGGCCAGUAAAACAACCGUCAAUAACGAAAUCUUAG